UUUAGUAACGGCAGGGCAGCUGGGCAGAGCACGGCCGCCAGGAGGAAGGGCAGCUUGGGGCCUCAGGAUGGACCCUGUGGAGGACACGCUGCGGCGGCUGCGGGAGGCCUUCAAUUCCGGGCGGACACGGCCCGCCGAGUUCCGGGCUGCGCAGCUCAAGAGCCUGGGCCGCUUCCUGCAGGACAACAAGCAGCUUCUGCAGGACGCGCUGGCGCAGGACCUGCGCAAGUCAGCUGUGGAAGCAGAGGUGUCUGAGAUCGCCAUGGUCCAGGACGAGAUCAACCUGGCCCUCAGGAACCUGUCAGCCUGGAUGAAGGACGAGUCGGUGACCAAGAACCUGAGCGACGAGAGUGACCGCUACAUUGCCCCCACGGUGCUGGUGGAUGUGCGGGAGACGGAGCCCGUGAUGCAGGAGGAGAUCUUCGGGCCCAUCCUGCCCAUCGUGAACGUCAGGGGCCUGGACGAGGCCGUGGACUUCAUCAACCGGCGGGAGAAGCCCCUGGCCCUGUACGCCUUCUCCAACAGCAACCAGGUGGUCACACAGGUGCUGGCCCGGACCAGCAGUGGGGCCUUCUGCGGGAACGACGGCUUCAUGUACAUGACCUUGACCAGCCUGCCCUUCGGAGGUGUGGGUGCCAGCGGGAUGGGCCGGUACCACGGCAAGUUCUCCUUUGACACCUUCUCCCACCACCGCGCCUGCCUGCUGCGCUGCGCUGGGAUGGAGAAGGUCAACGACCUGCGCUACCCGCCCUACUCACCGCGCAAUCUAAGGUUGCUGCUGCUAGCCAUGAAGCCCCGCAGCUGCAGCUGCACGCUGCUCUGAGCCCUUGCAGCAUCCCGUCCAGGCUCACGUCUGAGCUGCCCAACAUCGCUGACACCUGCUGCUGGCAGAAGACACAUGGCCUCUGGUCCACAGCACUAUGAGAACCGCCAAGGCCAUAGGGCAGCUUCUCAGCCCAGACCAGCCCUCACUCUCCUUUCUGAGGUUUCUGUUUUCUGGCCCUCUGCCUCCACCCUCAGUCCGACCAAGGAGAAUGAGCAGAGGGAGCACAGGAAACAGUGCAGUGUUCUGUCCCCCAUUGGCAAUGAGAGCUGCCAUGUCCUGGACAAGACGGCAGACAUGGGCACCUUGGAGCCAUGCACCUUCCUGUGGUGCAUCUAGACCAGGCCAUACAGUAGAACCACUGUGAUCCGGGCGUCCCCGUACUCUCUGAACCUCAGUUUCCCCAUGUGUACAGUGGAGCUGAUGGAGAACUGAACUUUCCGGGACUGUUACAAAGAUAAAAUGACUGAGUUGCUA